AUGGUGGAUGAGUUGAAAGAGACAGCAGGUAAAGAUGAUGGUGAAGGCGAACAGAAAGAUGAAAAGAAGAAAGAAGAAGAAACAGGUGGAGAAAAACAGGAAAAGGUUGAUGAAAAGCUAGAAAAGAAGGAUGGUAAAGCUGUUACUAAAAAACAACAGGUGAACAAUGAAGAUCAGAAGCAGACGGCUAAAGAAGCCGAGGUGCCAGAAAAUGAUAAAGAUUCUGAAAGAAAUAAGAUAGGAAUUGUUUCAGAAUAUCAUCAAGUUCCACCACCGUUUGAGAAAAAGUUCACAUUCUAUGAUGAUGAUAAGGUGGAAAAAGCUUUCAACAUGGUUGAUCAAUUGCUAGAUAAUAUUGACGUAUCCUAUUCCAAAUCUGAUGAUACUGGUGAUUCAGAGGUGGUGGGUAAGGUUGUUGAACAUGUUUUGCAAGAUAAUUCUACCAAAACAGAUAAGUCUGAAUCACAUGAUGAGAAUGAGGGAAGUUUUCAUGAAAGUUAUCUUAAAAAUUUAAAAUCUAAGAAAAUUGCGAAUGAUGAUCCGGUAGGAUUGGCAUUUACCAUGUGA